CAUUAUGUUGCCAGUCUUAACUUCAGUUUCCUCUAUAACAUCAUGAUACUAUUGGUAGAUUUUCUCGUGAUUCAGUUAUAUUGCUUUUGAGUAUAAUGAAACCGAAUUAACUAAUCCAUAUUGAUGCUUUAAUCCAACUUUCUUUACGUUAUUACUCUUACGUGUAUUGUCAAAAAUGGCUAACAAUCCAGAAACUACCGUUAAGAUUCCAGAGGAGGAGAAACUAAUGACGGAACAUUCCGAGGAACCUCCAAGAGUUCUCAGUGGACACCAGACUUCUGAAGACGAGAAGGGAGAGCCUGAGGAAGCAGGGAUGAAGAUGAGGAGGUUGACGGACAUCGCCUUGCAACUACAGAACUCGCCUGGAGAGACGAGUUGCGGCCUUGGGUGUGUUCAAGGGAAGCUACUGCAGAAGUUCGCCAACAAGAAGGCCUUUGUCAUUAUGUACGGAGUCCUGGGAAUUGUGACAGGCUCUACCAAUGCGUACUUCAACGGCACCAUAACAACGCUGGAGAAGAGGUUCAAAAUUCCGAGCACUAAUACGGGUAUAAUCAUUGUUGGAGGAGAGAUAAGUCAGCUGUUCCUGGGCCUGCUACUCAACUACUACGGCGGCAAGGGGCACCGCCCCCGCUGGAUAGCCUUCGGGGUCUACACUGUUGUGGCCUACUGCCUGAUGAACGCCCUCUGUCAUCUCCUGUACGGCCCGGGCCAGGACGCGCUCUUCCUCACCGAGGAGUUCGGCGGUCACCUGGACCUGAACACCACUGCCAGGCUAAUAGAUGCGCAGAAUCGAAAGGGCCUUUGCCAGAAGGAUGGGGUGGUCAGUGAGGAUUGCAGUAUGGACAGCGGAAGUCUCGCCCCUCAAGUGAUCCUGUUCCUGGCACAUGUGAUGAGUGGGAUCGGGGGUUCCCUCUACUACACCUUGGGGGUCUGCUAUAUGGAUGACAACAUACAGAAGUCCAAGUCUCCAGCUCUGGUUGGAUUAUCCUUCUUCAUGAGGAUGCUAGGUCCUGCCUUCGGCUACACUAUGGCCUCCCUCUGCCUCUCCAUAUUUAUCUCGCCCUCGCUCACUCCCACCAUCACCAAGCAGGAUCCGCGAUGGCUCGGGGCCUGGUGGAUCGGCUGGCUGGUGAUAGCAGUCUUCCAAGCGGCCUUCGGAGCAUUGAUAGGAUUGUUUCCCAAGACACUCCCAAGAGCCGCUGCUCGUCAAAUUCUGGCCAACGAACGUCGGAAAGCUGCAGAGGUCAAGACGGGGUUAACAGAAGAAAUGGUCAAUGAAAUGCCGGCAUCGUUGAGAGAUAUGGCGACAACAUGCAAAAAGCUGAUGAGAAACAAAAUACUGAUGUACAACAUAUUCGCCUCUGUAUUCUAUAUAGCGGGUUUUUUGCCGUUUUGGACGUUCAUGCCUAAAUACAUAGAGACCAUCUACAGACAAUCAGCUGCCUUCGCCAGUUUUAUCACAGGUACUGUGGGUCUAAUAUUCUCCGGGAUCGGAAUCCUCGGCUCCAGUCUGCUCAUAUCCAAAAUAAAACCCCGAGCACGGUCACUCGCAGCUUGGAAUGUGGCAGUGGGAAUUUUUGGAACCUUGGGGUUCAUCAGUUACGUCUUCCUCGGGUGUCCACUAAAUGAACGUCUGUCUGUUUCUCUUGCUACUGGAGUAUCCGAGGCCACGAUCUGUAAUCAGGACUGUCAAUGUAGUUUCGUCAAGUACUCCCCCGUCUGCUCUCCUGAAGGUCGCACCUUCGUCUCGGCCUGUCACGCUGGCUGCAGCGACUAUCGCACACUCGCCAACGGUAGUAAAGUUUACACUGAUUGUUCUUGUGUGCCCAAAACACAACCGGCCGCUACAAACCUGUCCCUGGAAAGUGUCCUGCACACAACCGCCCCUGAAGACUCUUGGUUUCUCACUGAGGGCGCUUGUCGUGUUGACUGUGGCAGCCGAUUUUACAUCUACCUGGCAAUCGUGUGUUUUGUAAAGUUCAUCGGGGCGUCUGGGAGAACGUCCAACUUCCUCGUUUCUCUCAGGUGUGUUGAUCAAAAGGACAAAACUGUAUCGAUGGCGCUGAACGUGUUGCUGAUGACAUUAUUCGCCUUCAUCCCAGCUCCCAUCCUUUUUGGCCAUUUCAUAGACUCGACCUGCUUGAUCUGGGGAAAGACGUGCACAAGGAGAGGUAACUGUUGGCUGUACGACGCAGACAAGCUCAAAUACCUCACCAACCUCACCUCCGCUGCAUUCAUCGGCAUUGGUACUUUAUUCGACGUCGGAGUAUGGUACUCUGUGAAGGACAUGAAGGUAUUUGACGAGGAAGUGGAAGGUGAAGGAGCUUCUGACAAUGACAAGACUCAAGAGAGGAAAACAUAGUCCAUCAAACAGUAGUAUUCAUUGUAAAUAAUGUAUAUAAAUUUAAAAAGAAGAAAAUACUCAACAGUUCA